GUGCCUGCGUUCUCGCCGCCCCGCGCAGAUCCGCCGUUUCCCCGGGAACCAUGAGGACCCCAGCCUGAGCUCCGAGGAGCGCACACUGCAGCCCCAAACCCAGAAUGUAGACACACACCACAGCUGGCUCCUGUCCGGUGGGUGAUUAGCACAGAUGAACCCGAUGGCGCAGCUGUACUACAAGAAGGUGAACUACUCGCCGUACCGCGACCGCAUCCCGCUGCAGAUCGUGCGCGCGGAGGCUGAGCUCUCCACCGAGGAGAAAGCCUACCUGACGGCGGUGGAGAAGGGCGACUACGCCGGGGUGAAGCACGCCCUGCAGGAAGCGGAGAUCUACUACAACAUCAAUGUGAACUGCAUGGACCCGCUGGGCCGCAGCGCCCUGCUCAUCGCCAUCGAGAACGAGAACCUGGAGGUGAUGGAGCUGCUGCUCAACCACGGCGUCUACGUGGGCGACGCCCUCCUCUACGCCAUCCGCAAGGAGGUGGUGGGCGCCGUCGAACUGCUGCUCUCCCACCGCCGCCCCAGUGGAGAAAAACAGGUUCCCUCCCUCAUGAUGGACAGCCAGUUCUCCGAGUUCACCCCUGACAUCACUCCCAUCAUGCUCGCUGCUCACACCAACAACUAUGAGAUCAUCAAGCUUCUGGUGCAGCGCAAGGUUACCAUCCCGCGACCGCACCAGAUUCGCUGCGACUGCGUGGAGUGUGUGUCCAGCUCCGAGGUGGACAGCUUGCGCCACUCCCGGUCCCGCCUCAACAUCUACAAGACGCUGGCCAGCCCCUCGCUCAUCGCGCUGUCCAGCGAGGACCCUAUCCUCACCUCCUUCCGGCUGGGCUGGGAGCUGAAGGAGCUGAGCAAGGUGGAGAACGAGUUCAAGCAGGAGUACGAGGAGCUGUCACAGCAGUGCAAGCGCUUCGCCAAGGACCUUCUGGACCAGGCGCGCAGCUCGCGUGAGCUGGAGAUCAUCCUCAACCACCGCGACGACCAGAGCGAGGAGCUGGACCCGCGAGAGUGCCACGACCUCGCCAAGCUGAAGCUCGCCAUCAAGUACCACCAGAAGGAGUUUGUUGCCCAGCCAAACUGCCAGCAGCUGCUGGCCACACUGUGGUAUGACGGGUUCCCUGGUUGGCGACGGCGGCACUGGGUGGUGAAGCUGGUGACGUGCUUCAUCAUCGGACUGUUGUUCCCCAUCUUCUCCCUGGUCUACCUGCUGGCGCCCAAGAGUUCGCUGGGCCUCUUCGUCAAAAAACCCUUCAUCAAGUUCAUCUGCCACACCGCCUCCUACCUGACCUUCCUCUUCCUCCUGCUGCUGGCCUCCCAGCACAUUGUACGCACCAACCUGCAUAUGCAGGGCCCCCCUCCCACUGUGGUGGAGUGGAUGAUCCUACCCUGGGUGCUGGGCUUCAUCUGGGCAGAGAUUAAGGAGAUGUGGGAUGGAGGCUUCACAGAGUACGUGCAUGACUGGUGGAACUUGAUGGACUUUGCCAUGAACUCACUGUACCUAGCCACCAUCUCGCUCAAAAUUGUGGCAUAUCUCAAGUACAACAGCUCGCGGCCGCGGGAGGAGUGGGAGAUGUGGCACCCCACGCUGAUCGCCGAGGCGCUGUUCGCCAUCGCCAACAUCUUCAGCUCGCUGCGCCUCAUCUCGCUCUUUACCGCCAACUCGCACCUGGGCCCGCUGCAGAUCUCCCUGGGCCGCAUGCUGCUGGACAUCCUCAAGUUCCUCUUCAUCUACUGCCUGGUGCUGCUGGCCUUCGCCAACGGCCUCAAUCAGCUCUACUUCUACUACGAGACGCAGGCCAAGGACGAGCCAAACCACUGCAAGGGCAUCCGCUGCGAGAAGCAGAACAACGCAUUCUCCACGUUGUUUGAGACCCUGCAAUCUCUGUUCUGGUCCAUAUUCGGCUUGCUCAACCUGUACGUGACCAACGUGAAGGCACGCCAUGAGUUCACGGAGUUUGUAGGGGCCACAAUGUUCGGGACCUACAAUGUCAUCUCCCUGGUCGUCUUGCUCAACAUGCUCAUCGCAAUGAUGAACAACUCCUAUCAGCUCAUCGCCGACCACGCUGACAUAGAGUGGAAGUUUGCUCGCACCAAGCUGUGGAUGAGCUAUUUCGACGAGGGGGGCACGCUUCCUCCCCCCUUCAACAUCGUGCCGAGCCCCAAGUCUGUGUGGUACCUGUGCGUCUGGCUGCACAACCGCCUGUGCCGAAAGGGAGCCCCCAGAGUGGACGAACAGAGGAAACACGAGAACUUCAAGGAAUUCACGGAACGGCAUGCUGAUAACCUGAUCCAGAACCAGCACUAUCAGGAGGUGAUCAGAAAUCUGGUGAAGCGAUAUGUGGCAGCCAUGAUCCGAAGCGCCAAAACAGACGAGGGGCUGACAGAAGAGAACUUUAAGGAGCUGAAGCAGGACAUCUCCAGUUUUCGGUACGAGGUCCUUGACCUGCUGGGCAACAGAAAGCCUCCUCGGCGCACGUACUCCUCCAGCAGCGAGGCGACGCUGAAGGACGAGCCCAACGAGGACGAGGACUGCGGGGCGAGCCGGGGGCCGGGGGGCGAGGACGGCGAGGACGGGGGCAAGCCCAAAAACGUUUCCUUCACCCUGUCGGCUGCCGAGCGCAAGAGCCGGGAGGCCUUCAGCGUCUCCGCCCUCUUCAAGUCCAUGUCGGGGAUGGAGGUCUCGGCGGAGGACAAACCAAAGAGCAACGGCCUCAAGCCCUCCUCGUCCACCCCCACCACUUCCUCCUCUUCCUCCUCCUUCCUCCGCAACGGCAGCCGACUGCAGCGGCUCUCCAGCUCCAAGAAGGACUCCCUGAAGCGGCUGGGCCUGCUGUUCUCGCGCAUGAACGGCCACCUCUCCGACCCGCAGGCCCCCCCCUCCACGCCUGCCACCGCCGCCUACAGCAUCUCCGACGGGCUCCUCCCGCCCCAGGGCAUGUGGCAGGACCUGGGCUUCCCCGACGACCAGCAGGUGACGCGCAGCGAGAUGCACCUGAACCAGCUGGGCGUGGCUGAGGGCGAGCAGCAGAACCAGGCCCCGUCCAGGUCGAACGGGCGGGACAGCCUCCUCCUGCGGCCGCCCGCCUGCGGCCCUCCCCCCUUGCACUGUGCUUCCAGCUUCACCGCCUCCAGCUCGCGCCUGCUGGACUCCAGCGAGGACGUGUUCGACGGCUGGACGGGCCCCUGCGACGGGAUAGACUCAGACUCCGCCCCCUGGGGGCCGGACCAGGAGGAGUCGGUCACCACGCAGCUAUAGAGACCGGGGGGGCGUGGCCACAGAGAGCGCAGCACUGUUAUUGGAUGCAGAGAAACACAGCGAGAUGAAGACAACCUAUAUUUAUAGUAUCAGCUCUUCAUGCGGCUGCAGGGCUCCUUUACUUCAACAUAUUAGCUUGUAGGGGAAAAAAAAAAAAAACUCAAAAUGAAAAAAAAGCUUAAGUUAUUGCAAUAGUAGUACAUAUUAACAUAGAUUCCCCCUCCCACCACCCAAUGUAUGAGACUGUUCCCUGCCUGUGACUUCAGUAACACCCCCCCCCCUCCCUAAAAAGUGAUUUCCUUCAGAAUAUAGGAUCCAGUUUUAACCCUUUUUGUCUAGCCUCAGGCCUUCUUGUCCAUCCGUCUGUCUGUCUGUGCUGAAUGCCUAAGGGACAGGUAGCUACACGGGUAGUGGCACCUGCAGCUAUGUGUUUCUGACCAGCCCAGCAAGGUACACCUAAGCAGGGAGGGGUCCCUGUCCCCCUCUAUCACAAGUGAUCCGAUUGGCUGUGGUCGGAGUGAAGGGGCGGGACGGGAGAAAGUACAUGGGGCUCUUUCCAACUGCUUAUUUUUCAAAAAAGGAGCGAGAAAAGGAGGUGAACAUGAGGGAAUCGAGAAAACUUGAAUUUGGCAAAUGUCAGUUUGAAGCCACAUCUGUAUCUGAAUGUGUGACUGUAACAUCUGUGUGGCAGACGGGGUGACGUGGAUCCACGGGUCGAUCAUUUAUAUGCCACGAAUUCCGGAAAAAUACUUCCGCAAAGGGAUGCGCUCAUGGUUUCUUGCUCAAGUAAGCUUUGGGAGUCUCAAAGAUGGCUGACCUGGAUUGAUUUCUGGGUGAAGCAAAGAACCAGGAGAUGGGAGGUGAGAAGUAAGCGAUUGGAAAGAGCCCGUAGUGUGGAAAGUUGUGUUCAGAUCAUUAAAUCCUCCAUCUUGGCUAGGUGAUGGUGGCUUGCUAAUAUCUUGUUUUGUUCAGGAUACGGUUGUAUCUGUGCCCUAGCGCUCCCCUCUGUUUUAUCUCAGAGCAUCGCUGCGCUAGCUCCAAGUGGUAGCUGGGCCAACCGUUAGUGGUCAUCAGCUAGUUGAGCCAAUGGCUACUGCUCACAUUCUGUGGUCUGUCCAAUUGCAGAACAGAAUGAGUGCUGGCGGUGGUCAGAGAAAGAUGUUCCAGAGACUGGGUUCAGCAUUGUCCUAAUUAACGAUUAAUGUGUUUUUCAACCUCAUCACUGUGGUUGUCCUUUCUGGAUGAACAACCUUAAACCAACAGCAAUUUUUCCUCAGUUAACUCGGAGAGAGAAGAGGUUACCACAGCUUAGUCCACAUUUGAAGUUGUUUGGCAGUUUCUGAUUUAUUUGGAGGUUUUGAUUAUGUUCGUACUUCAUCGACGCGGGUGGAGAGGGAUUUGAAGGUUUCGGGGGAGAUUACAUUUGUGUGUUCGUCUAAGGAAAUCUUAUUUUUCUAAAAUGUAUCAGGCUGCACUAUUAAGCCCAUUUAAUUUCUUACAGCACCAGGUUCAGUAGAACAUUGCCGGAUUAAACAUUUUUUUCUUCUUUUUGAAGGUAAAAGGUGUUGGGAGUGCCAAUUUUUUAAAUCCUAUUUGUUUUGAUCAAUGUGACCAGCAUCUAUGUACAAAAACAACAUGCAGCAAUGAGGCACAAAGCUUCAGCAGAACAUUUCUUAAAAGCGAAACCAAACAAGCCAAUUUUACACCAGUUGCAUUUUUUUUUUGAUAAUGAAAUAGCACUGUUGACGAAUAAAAAAAGGUUUGACUGAAA